UAUUGCCGCCUCUCGAUCCCGAAAUGACUCCAAAUUUGUCCGAAGAUCAGAAGUCGGACACCUCCGUUCAUCCUCGCUCGUCACAAGUCUACGAUGAACACAACCCCUUCAAUCCAUACUAUCACUACUACCAACCUAAAAUCCCUCAACCUGGUCCACCUCAAGACCCAGAUCUGCGUCCCGAGGAGCCUGUGGAUCUACCUCAAAACCCUGAAUUCCCACAGGACUCACAACAGUUUCUUCAGCCUGUCACAGAAGCUGCCUCUCUUAUGUCCACCCUUCCUCCAAAAACCUCUACACCCUCACAUCCUCCACAUCCCUAUCCAUUCCCUUUCCAUUACUUCCCACACAUUGGUCCGGAAGAGGCCCAAAGGUUGCCUUCUUUAGAUCCCGAAACGACUCCAAAUUUGUCAGAAGAUCAGAAUUCUGGCACAUCCAUUCAUCCUCGCUCAUCUGAUGCUGAGGCAACUUCUUUAACUUCUAGUCCUCCAGAAAGUCCUCCAAAAAUGAAUUCACCUGAUGUACCUUAUCCUCCACAUCCUUAUCCAUUCCCGUACUAUUACUUCCCUCAUAUUGCUCUUGGCGAGGACAAAGGAUUGCCGCCUCUCUAUCCUGAAAUGACUCCAAAUUUGUCAGAAGAUCAGAAGUCGGACACCUCCGUUCAUCCUCGUUCAUCACAAGUCCACAACGAACACAACCCCUUCAAUCCAUACUAUCACAACUUCCACCACCCUGAAAUCCCUCAACCUGGUCCACCUCAACACCCUAAUUCAGGCCCUGAAGUACCUGGAGAACAAUCUUUAACUCAUUUUACUCAAAACCCUGAAUUCCUAGAGAAAUCACACCAGUUCCUUCAGCCUGCACCUGAGGCGGCUUCUUUUACUUCUAGUCUUCCAGAGAGUCCUCCAAAAACAUCUGCACCUUUUCCUGCACAUCCUUAUCCAUUCCCAUACUAUUACUUCCCACAUAUGGCUCCGGGCGAGGACAAAGGAUUGCCUCCGCCAAAUUUGUUGGAAGAUCAGAAGUCGGACACCUCCAUUCAUCCUCGUUCAUCACAAGUUCUCGACGGACACGACCCCUUAAAUCCACACUAUCACUACUUCCACCACCCUGACAUCCCUCAACCUGGUCCACCUCAAGACCCUGAUUCAGGCCCUGAAGUACUUGGAGAACGGUCUUUAACUCAUUUUACUCAAAACCCUGAAUUCCUAGAGAAAUCACACCAGUUCCUUCAGCCUGCACCUGAGGCGGCCUCUUUUACUUCUAGUCUUCCAGAGACUCCUCCAAAAACAUCUGCACAAGAUGCACGUCCUCCUCCCCAUCCUUAUCCAUUUCCAUACCAUUACUCCAUGCAUAUCGCUAGAGGAGAUGUUAAAAGAUCGGCUCCUCCCGAUCCAGAAACGGGACCGGACAACUCCGUUCAUCCAUACUAUCACUACCAACACCUUAAAAUCCCUCUUCCUGGCAAACCUCAAGACACCGAUCCAGGUCCUGAAGAGCCUGGAGAACUCUCUUUAACUAAUCUUCCUCAACUUCUUCAGUCUGGACCUGAGUCAGCAACUUUGACUUCUAGCCCUCCAGAAAGUCCUCCAAAAGCAUCUGCACCUGAUGCACCCCCUCCUCCACAUCCUUAUCCAUUCCCGUACUAUUACUUUCCACAUAUUGCUCGGGGCGAUGUUCAAGGAUUGCCCCCUCUAAGUCUGGAAGCAAAUCCAGAUUUGUCCGAAGAUCAAAAGUCUGACGCCUCUGUUCAUCCUCGCUCGUCACAAGUCCAUGAUGAACACAACUCCUUCAAUCCAUACCAUCAAUACUACUACAACCACCUUAAAAUCCCUCAAACUGGUCCAACUCAAGAUCCUGAUCCUCAAGAAUGGUCUCAAACUAAUCCUCCUCUAAGCUAUGAAUUCCCAGAGAACUCUGAUGUUGCUUCUUUUACUUCAAGCCCUUCAGAAAGUCCUCUGAAAUCUGCACCUGAGGCACCUUAUCCUCCAUAUCCCUAUCCGCACUAUUACUUCCCUCACAUUGCUUGGGGAGAGCCUGAAGCGUUUGUAGACCCUCAGGAGAUGCAUCCUGCGGGCAAUAUGAACUUUGAAAAAGCUUCAAAUUCAGAGCCUCAGCUUCCCUCUGACCUCAGUGGGUUGGAUCAUGCCGCUGAAGCAGGAUUUCCCAGCAUGCCUCAGCAGCUUCGUAGCCUCAAUUCACAUUAUGUCACUCAUCAACAGCAAGUAGAUGCUUUUGAGCUUCCUGAUGAAGAAGUGGGGAAGAGGAUGGAUGCUGAAAUGAAAGACUGCACAUCGGGGCAGCAUUUGAUCUUCGUGGUGGACCACAGAUCUGAGAUCUCUCCUGUCAGGUUGGGGGUGCAGUGUAGUUCCUCUCCGGGCUCUCCAGGUGAAGAGAGUCUCCACGUGAUGAAUCGUCCUCCUCCUGUUCUGUUUCCAGUCUCCACCGUCACUGUGCAGCUGAGAAUCGCCACAGACGAGUCGUUCAGCAGCUUCCACCCUGAGGCUCACCUUCCUCUCAGCGUGAUUGGAGGAGGAUCUGUUUACCUGCAGCUGAGCCUUCAGGACCCCCCCGCCCCCCACCUGCUGCUGCUGGUUCACUCCUGCCUGGCGUUCACACACACACCGUACAGCAGCUGGAGGCUCGUCUACGAUGGUUGCGGUGAUUCCCAGCUGCUCUCUCACGCCAACCCCCCCCCCACCCAGAGGAUCCUGAUCCCUGCCCUCCCGUCUCCGCCCUCUGAGAGCACCCCCCCCCUGACUGAAGGAGGAUCCUCUCACCUGCAGGACCCCGAGAUCUACUUCAUGUGUUUGACAGAGGUGUGCUAUGCUGCACAUGUUGACUGCACCAUAAGCUGCACCAACAGUCCUGACAGUGACGUGUGAGAAAUGAAAUAAACACUUUUACACACC